AUGUACAGAAGUAACAUCAACACAGGCAGUCGGAAACUUGCAUUCUUCGAUGAGCAACACAAGGCGCUCAUUGAUCAGCUGGCUGCUUCCGCCACUAAUGGCGGAAUCGCCGUGGUGGGCCUGCAUUUCCCAAGCUGUGUCACCCAGAGUGCUUUCGACAACUUCUUCUCGUCUGGGUUCGAUCUUCCUUGGAAACGGGGAGCUUACCACCGCACCGACUUCCAGCUUCAGCGGUCCUGCGUGUUACCCAGGGGGGUUUCCCACUCUUCUUUUCCUCCACCAUACAGCAUGAAGGUACUGCAUGUUCGAAAUGCUCGACCUCGUGAGAGAAUUUUCGUUCCAGUCAGCGGUGCCACCACCCAAUCUCAUGUUCUCAGUGCUGAGCCAGUGGAUGCUUCGCAGGCUGCUGUGACUGGAGCUAAGAUUGGGAAUGGGUACCUCGCAUACUGUGGCGAUGUCAACGCAGAGGCUGGUUCGGACCUUGUGAUUCUGUCCCUUUGCGGGCUACGAGGUUAA